CACCAAAGCAGAGAAGGAGAUACGAUUGUUUUUCUCUUCCCUUCUGUGGUUGCAAUGAGUUUCAUCUCUAUCUUUAUCUUUCUGCUUUCUACAUUUACUCUUUCUGUAUUCCCAGCCAUUGAAGGACAAACGACGAGCUCUGGAACUUACAAUGUGGACAACUAUGGUGCCAAAGGAGAUGGCCAAAGCGAUGACAGCCAGGCAAUUUUGAGAGCUUGGAAUGCAGCUUGUCGGUCAGCUGGGAGUCCAACUCUUGUGAUUUCCAGUAGGAAAUACUUGGUGGGGCCUCUUCAGUUUGAGGGACCAUGCAGUAAUACAGGUGUUUUUACAGUUCGAGUUGAUGGAGCAAUCCUGGCAUCAACAAAUCUUAGUUUAUACGAGGGCGAUGAGUGGAUACUUUUUUCUCACAUCAGCAACCUCAAGUUAACUGGAAGUGGAACCUUUGAUGGGCAAGGAGAAGCAGCUUGGCCACUGGAUCAAUGCCCUUUCAGCUCACAGUGCAAAGUACUACCAGUGUCCCUCAAAUUUGCCUACCUGAACAACACUGAAGUUGAGGGAAUAACAUCACUGAACCCCAAGUUCUUUCACAUAGCUCUAUUGAACAACAACAACUUCAAAGUCCACAAUAUUAAGGCUACUGCACCGAAGGACAGCCCCAACACAGAUGGCAUCCACCUUGAGGGCUGCACUGGUGUGAAGAUCUUGGACAGCAGCUUUGCAACUGGGGAUGACUGCGUUUCUGUUGGACAAGGCAAUACCGAUGUGUAUAUCAGCAACAUCAAUUGUGGCCCUGGACAUGGAAUCAGCGUGGGAAGCUUGGGCAGGUAUGCAUACGAGAAGGAUGUUAACGGGUUGGUGGUAACUGGGUGCAACCUAACCAAUACCUUGAACGGUGUAAGAAUCAAGUCAUGGCAAGCAUCUCCUGUCACCAUCUCUGCAAGAAAUAUUACCUUCGUCCACAUUAUAGUUGAAAAUGUUGCCAACCCGAUCAUCAUCGAUCAAAAGUACUGCCCCUUCAAAACUUCCUGCGAUGACUCUGAACCAUCGCGUGUUAAGCUUAGUGACAUCACGUUCAGCAACAUCAUGGGGACAUCGACUUCGCCUGUGGCAGUGAAUCUGCAGUGCAGUGCAGGGUUUCCUUGUGAAGGUAUCAAGCUUCAGAACAUUAACAUUACCUACAUAGGCGAUGAAGGGGCUACAACUUCUGCUUGUGCUCAUGUAAAUCCCUCCUACAGUGGCUUGCUAGUUCCUGUUCCUUGCGUCAUAAAAAGUUGACGGCCAAGCUUGUGAUUUUCAGCCCCUUGCAAAAGAUGCAAGAGCACAGUGAUCAGGAAAAUGGGAGUGGAAGUUUGUUUCUUUUUCCCCCUUAUCCCAUCAACCAACUAUUGGGUUUUUUUGUAUUAUUUUCUAAUUUUAAAUAUCACUCUUUUCAUGACAUAA